AUGCUCGGCUCUCCAGUCGAACUCCACCACGCUCCUGAAACUGCCUCUCUCCACAACCCCGACUCCACCUCCACCACGACCAUCAGCGCCCUCGUCGAGAGCCUUCCUUCACUGAAAAAGCCCUUCAGGCCCACUCCAUGGCUGUUCAACGGACACUUACAGACAUUCUACGCCGCGCUCGGUAACUUCGAGUGUAUCGAUCGGGUAGAGUAUGCGCGAUACCUGUAUCCACUCCCAGAUGGCGGGACAUCGGGUAUUGAUUUCGUGUUGGAUGAUGCAGCUGAGGGUGGAUCCCAUCCUGAACUUCCACCCCGGACGCGGUUCAUGACGGAAGAGGAGCGGGACUAUACUUCGGACGAUUCCAGACCCAUGCUCGUCGCACUCCACGGUCUUUCGGGCGGAUCGCAUGAGUCGUACGUCCGUGCCGUACUGACCGAGAUCACGAAAGAGGAAGUGGGGGGACAGCGAUGGGCGGCAUGCGUGAUGAAUGCCCGAGGAUGCGCCCUCACAAAAGUAACGAGCCCACAAUUCAUGAAUGCCUGCUGGACGGAAGACAUCAGACAAGUCAUGCUCUUCCUCCGCACCCGCUACCCAAACCGCCGAUUUUACGGCGUGGGCUUCAGCCUCGGCGCCAGUAUCCUCGCAAACUACCUCGGCGAGGAAGGUCCGAACUCCCCCUUCACCGCAGCGACCGUCCUCUCCUGCCCCUGGGACCUCCAAGCCGGUAACCUCCACCUCCAACGCACCCACCUCGGCCUCGAAAUCUACUCCAGAGCAAUGUGCAAAAACCUCCAACGCCUCUUCGAGAUCCACCUCCCCGCCUUCUCCCUCUCGCCUCACAUGCCACCACACCAAAUCGAACGCGUCCGGAAAGCUAGGUAUCUGCAUGAGUUUGAUGCGGCGUGUACGAGUAAAAUGUUUGGGUAUCCGACGGUGACUACGUAUUAUCGUGAUGCGUCAUCUGUGCGGAAAGUUUUGAAUGUCCGUACACCGCUUUUCGUGCUCCAUUCGCUUGAUGAUCCGAUUGCGCCGGGGCAGGCAUUGCCGUGGGAGGAGGUGAAGGUUAAUCCGUAUGUUGUUAUGGCGACUACGGCGACUGGGGGGCAUCUGACGUGGUAUGAAACGUGGGCGCCGGCAAGUGCGAGUGGGAGGAGGUGGUUUGUGAGGCCUGUGGUAGAGUUCUUUAAUGCGGUUGAGGAGGGGAAGUGGGAAGUUAAAAAAGAAGACAAGAAGGUUGUGUAG